UCGCACACUUCGUCUCGACGCCGAGUUCCAUGUCUUCAUGUAGGCGAUCUCUUCGUCAGCGACUAUUGUCUAUUGACGCAAGAUGAAGGGGAUGGACGAGGCCCUUGGUGAUCUUGGUGAGGUCAUCCAUGACCGUACCCUUGUCCUAAACGUGUUGUGUGGUCUGAAUGAGAGGUUUGCCCACAUAAAGGUCCACUUCAAGCACUCGAAUCCGUUCCCCUCCUUCACCGACGUUUGUAAUGAUCUCAUCCUUGAGGAGAUCGACUCCAGCGCGCCUCCUCCGCCUCCGACCACCGCCCUCAUCGUCGGCACCAAUGCUUCCUUCACCGCCCCUUCUCCUCGAAGUGUCACGGCGCCCGAUGGUGGUACCAACCGACCCACGAGCAACACCCAUGGCUGGGGCUCCUCUGCUACUAAGCGUCACCCCAACAAUAGUGGAGGAGGCAAGGCUUAGUCGCCUUGGCCUUCGUUGUACAAUCCAUGGAUCGAGAAAAUCACGAUUUGACCCGGCCCACUGGACAGCAGCGCGGCGGACGUCCGCCUGGACAUCAAGGCGCACCACACCAGCUUCACAGUCCCUCGACAAAGGGCUCUUAGUUUAUUGUGACAAUAUCAGCGCUGUCUACUUGUCCACUAACCCGGUUCAGCAUCAGCGCACGAAGCAUAUCGAGAUUGAUCUACACUUCGUCCGCGAGCGUGUUGGCAUUGGUGUUGUUCGUGUUCUUCAUAUCCCAAGGACGUCUCAGUUUGCAGACAUCUUCAUCAUGGGGUUGCCCACUUUUGUCUUCUUCGAGUUUCGCUCCAAUCUUAACGUUUGCGCCAUCGACGUUUUGACUGUGGAGGCUACUUUGGGAACCUCAAAUCCCCUUCGGGAUUGGAGGAGAUUUAGGUGGAAAUGAACUAAUUUCCUCUACAAUCUCCUUCAUUCCCGAAUGGGAUUUGAGUUUCCAAACUAGCCCUUAGGUGAUGGAUGAUUGCCCCUAAUUAGGUGAUCCCCUUCUAUGUCAUGUGUUGGUUGAUUGCCCUAAUUAGGUUUUGAUGGGUGAUUCUUUCUCUGAUUGCCUCUCUAAUCAUUGUUUCUGUAAAUUAGGUGAAACACAAUCUGGUAGAGGUCUAUAUAUAUAUUGUAAUCCUGCUGCUCAACGAAAUAUAACACACAAAUAUUCCAGGUUAUCACUAACAACUAGUACAAUAGCAAUCAGUUAGUGCUCAUGAUGGAAAUAAUAAUAUCCUUAGCAUCCAAACAUUGAACUCAUAAAUUCGUGAUUGCUAUUCUUAUGCCUGCGUCCAUAAAUUCUAUCAUAUCGGCGCUGCUCUGAACAUAGGAUAAAUAAAUUGUGGCAUAUCUGGCUCUCAACAUAGGACUGCCAGUCUUUGAUAUUCAUAUCCUAUCAGCAGAUUCGAGCAUUAAAUUGACACAAGAGUUGGCAGCUGCUAUUAUAUAUAUAUUAGGAGAUGGUGUGCCAUGUUUAUACCUCGAUCACUAGCUGCGGAGAUCUGCACUGCGAUAAUAAGAGAUCGAUGUUUCCGUCUAAGCAAGUAGCCGCUCUCCUAGUCCUUGUAGUGGUUUCUUCUCCCAGUCCCAGCCUCCUCGUGAGUGGUAAGCCAUCAGUGAGCAAAGAACAGAAGGACAAGAUCCUAGAGGAAUGCGACCGGUUCAUCCGUCUCGGCUACCCCAUCUAUGUUGUGUCCCGGCAUAGCCCCUGCUGCGAUGCUGUUAGGGCGGUUGAGAACAGAGACAUGGACUAUGUUGUCCUCCUGCUCACAAACGACGAGAAGGACAAGUACAGCAUCUCUAAGAUCCUGGCGCUUCAUGGCCUCUGUGAACUUCCUCCUGCUUCUCUUCAUCACCACCAGCAGGUCAUGGGCCGAAGGGCACUGAUGUGAUGCGCAAAAAUAGAGAGAAAAAGAAGCAUCUGCAAUUUAGUAAUAAAAUCAUUCUGGGUCUCGUCAACGUGUGACGUGUAUCUUUAUCAAUUAAUUAACGAGAAGUGAUUAAUGAGAAGACUCAUAA